CUCGCCCCGCCCCGCCCGCGCUCAUUUUCUUCCCGCGGUGACUUUGCACUUACCGGGUGCGUUGCUGUCGCCGCCGCCGCUAGGAUGGUUGGGGUGAAGGUGAUCGCCAACGACGCGGACUUCCAGAGCGAGCUCAGCGCCGCCGGCUCCCGGCUAGUCGUGGGCAAGUUCACCAUGAGGGGAUGUGGCCCAUGUUUAAGGAUAGCCCCUGCUUUCAACGCUCUGAGCAAUAAAUAUCCCCAAGCGACAUUUUUAGAAGUUGAUGUGCAUCAAUGCCAGGGAACAGCUGCAACCAAUAAUAUAUCGGCAACCCCAACGUUUCUUUUCUUCCGGAGCAAAGUGCGCAUCGACCAGUAUCAAGGUGCCGACGCUGGUGGAUUGGAAGAGAAAAUCAAACAGCACCUAGAAAAUGAUCCUGGAAAUAAUGAGGAUGCCGAUAUUCCAAAAGGAUACAUGGAUUUGAUGCCAUUUGUUAAUAAAGCUGGCUGUGAAUGCCUUAACGAAAGUGAUGAACACGGGUUUGAUAACUGUUUACGUAAAGACUCUACCUUCCUGGAAUCAGACUGUGACGAACAGCUGCUUAUUACGGUAGCUUUUAACCAGCCUGUCAAGCUUUAUUCUAUGAAGUUCCAAGGGCCCGAUAAUGGUCAAGGUCCAAAGUAUAUAAAAGUGUUUAUCAACCUCCCUCGAUCAAUGGAUUUUGAAGAGGCAGAAAGAAGCGAACCCACUCAGGCCCUGGAGUUAACGCCAGAUGAUAUCAAAGAAGACAGUAUUAUCCCACUCCGCUAUGUAAAGUUUCAGAAUGUUAACAGUGUAACUGUAUUUGUCCAGUCCAAUCAAGGUGAUGAGGAAACAACGAGAAUUUCAUAUUUCACAUUUAUUGGAACACCAGUCCAAGCAACAAACAUGAAUGAUUUUAAGCGGCAUUUCCCUGGCCCAAAGAAAUAAAAAUGCAGAAGAUAUCUGUUUCUAAAAUGGUCUUUCCUCACACCGCCCCUUUCCCCUGCUCCUUCCGCUCAUCUAGCACCUGCCUUCUCCUUUCCAUCGCUUGAGGCACCAUCACAUCCUGCUCUGUGACGGUUUUCCUGGGUCUCUUUCCUUUUUUUAUCCCUCUUUCUCAUGGACUUCUCUUGGUUUUUAAUAUACCAUUUUUAAUAUAUAUCUAUAAAUCUUCUUUUGCACAUCGUUUUUGUCCCACCCACCCCAAAAAACCCAUCUCAUUCUGUUAUUAGCUGCUUCAGAAAUUAACCUGACAGCACAUUAUUUGCACCUUUGCAUUCUGUAUUCCCUGUGAGUAACGGAGUUGGAAGAGGUCUGCUGUGUUCUCAACUGGAACUCUAGUCUGGGUAACCUGUGGCUAAAGUUUUCCUGAUAGGGAUUUCUUUCCAGCACCUGUACGGUGGUACCUCUACUUACGAAUAACUCUACUUACGAAUGUUUCUACUUACGAAUGGAGCUCCAUCCGCCAUCUUGGAUGCAGUUUAGAUAGGAUUUUUUCUACUUACGAAUUUUUAGAUAGGGUUGCUUCGACUUACGAAUUUUUUCUCCCAAUGCAUUCCUAUGGGAUUCGACUUACAAAUUUUAUCGACUUACAAAUGUGCGUUCGGAACGCAUUAAAUUCAUAAGUAGAGGUACCACUGUACUUCCUUGAAGACUCUUCAAGGCAAGGAGGUUUUUCAGUCUCUCAAGAUUGAGCUGCCCUCUAAUUAUUUGUAUGAAGCUGCCUCAAACAGAAUCACCAUGGGGGUCUUCUAUGCCAGUGUUGUCCGCUCUUGCACCAGCUCUCCAAGAUAAUCGUGCAGAGAAGAUCCAGGCAGUGAAACGGCGAUGCAACAUGUUAACCGUGUGCUCUGUCACUUGUGUCAUGGGCCCCCUUCAAGGCAACCUGUGCCCUACAUUACAUAAUCUGGACCGAUGGUUCAAUCCGCUGAGAGCCAGUUUUGCAGCUGUGUGUUUUGAAAUACGAUUGUGUGAAAACUGGAAAGGGAGGCUCCAUCUUAGGGUUCACACUCCCGCUUCAAAUAUGACUGAGCAAUUUAGAUCUUAUCUGUGUUGGACACAUUCAAGUAAUGAAAAAUGAGGUGGUAUCUUGGCUAGAGUACUGCAAUGGCGACAGCUGCCUUAUCAAUGCUGCCUUCUUAAUCUAAUGAGGAAGAGUGAGCCCAUUUCCUUGCUGAAAGAAUCCUGCAUUGUACAUCCCCUGAGUGUGGCCGUUUUCUUCUGCCAUUCGUCAUCUGGAAAUGCAUUGUGCUCUGUGGCGUGGGGACAGUAUACGGCUAAAAGAUGCAUUGUAGCAAAAUUGGGCAGGGUUAUAAGGCAUAGGGCAUAAAUCUGCCCACUUUUGAGUGUACAGCCAGUGUACAAGUUAAUCCUUAACCAAAUAAAGCAGUCAAGGGACCUCCAGUCACCCACCUGAAUGAAAUUUGCCCCAUAUGGAGAAUUGAGUUUUUCUGUGAAGUGCACAGUUAAUAAGAAGCAGAAAGUGUGCCAGGAAUAAUGAAGUAUUUCAAGAGGCAUUGCUCUGUUGUGUUUGAAUUAUCUUAUUAGUCUCAUGGUUGGAAAUUGUUGGUGUAAAGUUGGGGGUAUAAAUAUGCUAACAAAGCGUCAAUAUCAAAAAUAUUUAAUUUUUCAGGUAAUACACAUGGGGCACUUGAGCAUUUGAGCAUUUCCCCCUCUGAAUGGUAUAGAUGCAUACAAAUUAUUAUUUUUUAAUGGUUGCUCCACCUCUGCUAACAUUAUAAUUGUCUAAUUUCUGGAUGUACCUACUUAAUCCAAACCUGUAGCGUUUUGCUUUAAGCGCUACCGAAGAAUAAAUAUUUCUCUCUCGC